AUGUUCUUCUACUUCGACAAUAACAACCACAGCAGCGACAACACCAACUUCUACAGCAACUACAACAGAAGCUACCACACCAACUUCUACCACACAAACUCCAACAGAAACAACUUCCGAAUCCACAACACCAACAAUAUCUUCUACAUUAUCAUUGUAACAACUACUGAAUCUACAACACCAACUUCUACCGUAACAACUACAGAAUCUACAACACCAACUUCUACGGUAACAACUACAGAAUCUACAACACCAACUUCUACAAUUACAACUACAGAAUCUACAACACCAACUUCUACCGUAACAACUACAGAAUCUACAACACCAACUUCUACCGUAACAACUACAGAAUCUACAACACCAACUUCUACCGUAACAACUACAGAAUCUACAACACCAACUUCCACCGUAACAACUACAGAAUCUACAACACCAACUUCUACAAUUACAACUACAGAAUCUACAACACCAACUUCUACCGUAACAACUACAGAAUCUACAACACCAACUUCCACCGUAACAACUACAGAAUCUACAACACCAACAUCUACCGUAACAACUACUGAAUCUACAACACCAACCUCCACCGUAACAACUACAGAGUCUACAACACCAACUUCUACGGUAACAACUACAGAAUCUACAACACCAACGUCUACCGUAACAACUACAGACUCUACAACACCAACUUCUACCGUAACAACUACAGAAUCUACAACACCAACUUCU